AUGAAAUUCAAGUUUGACAAAAGGUGUCCUGGCAGCAAAAUCCCCGUGGUUACCUACCAGGUGUCGCAGGGGAAUCACGAGAAGAGCCUGAGCAAUAAUGUGGCCUGCCAGUAUUCACCCUUCUUCCACCCCAAACUGCCUCCCGUGGAGCAAGCCUGCAGGGUUACAGAUGCACCGUCCUUGGAAGGUCGCCUCUCAGCGCAGGAACCAGAGUCACCCAAGGCAGAAAGUGACAAUGUCUUUCUCGUCAGGGCGCAAGGAUUCCCCUUCUCGUGCACCGAGGAAGACGUGCUUACCUUUUUUGAUAGCUGUAGAAUUCGAAACGGUGAGAACGGCAUACACUUCCUCUUAAACAGGGAUGGGAGACGCAGAGGGGAUGCCUUGAUCGAGCUGGAGUCGAAAGCGGAUGUCCAGAGGGCCUUGGAAAAGCACCUGAGGUAUAUGGGCCCACGCUAUGUGAAAGUUUUUGAAGUACACGAUAGCGAUGUAGAGAGCUUACUACAAAGUCUGCGGGAUGAGUCACAAGCCAUAAAUGAUGGAGUUGUACUACUCAGAGGCCUUCCAUUCAUCUCCACUGAGGAGGAUAUUGCAGAUUUUUUCCCAGGUUUGAAAAUAACUGACAUAGCUUUUGUUUACCGGGGAGGAAGAAAAACGGGAGAAGCUUUUGUGCAGUUUGCAGCUCCUGAAAUGGCAGCUAAAGCCCUGUUACGACACAGGGAAUACAUGGGAAGUAGAUAUAUAGAAGUGUACGUAAGUAGAAAGCAUCAGAUGCAAAGGCACAUGCCUUAUGCCAAGCAGAGUACGAUCUACUCCAGAGUGAGAAAAGAAUAUGAAUCAGUUUCUGAAGAAGGGGGAUUGAGCGACAUGGGAGACUCCGAUGGUGAAAGAGAAACUAAAUUGUGUAGGGAAGAGACAGAAAGCUCUGGGCACAUUUUAGAAUCUGGGAACUUCUCACCGCCGCUGCACUUUGUCCACAUGAGGGGUUUUCCUACCCAGGCUACUGCUCAAGACAUAAUAAAUUUUUUUGCUCCACUGAAGCCCACAAGGAUCAUGGUAGAAUACAACUCACAUGGAGAUGCAACAGGAGAAGCAGACGUGCAUUUCAAGAGCCAUGAGGACGCAGUAGCUGCAAUGGCCAAGGAGGGCUCACAGCUGCAGUGCAGUGCCGUUGAAUUAUUCCUGAAUGAACAUCCAGAGGCAAAAGAAAACUGCUAGUGACAGUGGCACGGUCUCAGGUUUGGCCAAAGUGAACACAUUCCGUGGAUGUGAGUGUAAAGAUCGAGUACGAGUGUCGCUGCUCAGUAACGAGGCUAAACUGUACAAAAUCUAGUUGAGCAUUGUGUAAAAGCAUGUAAUAAAUUGUGUUGACAUACUGUGGAAAGACGGUCUGUUGCAAAAGCAGCAGCAGCUGUACCAGAGGAAUGGCAGUUGCUGCCGGAUGGAGCGCUUCUAGUCUCCUGGUGUGAGGUGUACAAAGCAUUAAUAAACCAUCAGUAUUCACAAUUAACAAACCCAGAGCGAUGUGAGCAGGUGCUGUGUGGUACCGCCCGUACCUUCUCUCUCCCACCGCCCCUCUCUCCAUCUGUAUAAGGAGCUGUCAUCCCUCACCUGUUUUGAAAUACUUAACACAUGUAGCCAGAGCAGAAUGAGAUGGAAAGACAGCUCAGGACACAGGAUACAGAGGAUCCAAGUUUUUAUUAUUGUGUGGAACAAAAUUAACAUGAAAAAAACAGCCGUCCACUCCCCCCACUCCAAAGGCCCAGGUGAGCGUUACAAGCAGUACCUGAGCAAAGGUGCCUUGAACACUGCAUCACUGUGCAGCGCAGCACCAGGCGCUCGUGAGCAGAGGCGCCCUGGGCUCUGAGGCAGCGGGAAAGAGCCAAGUGCUGACACCACCAGCUGGCAGCCCGCGCAGUGUCGCGCUGACCUUUCUCAAUUAACAUUUUGGCUGCCAGAGCUGUGUUCGGAAAGGUUUCGGCCACCUCCCUGCUCCUUCACAGGGAGCCACGUGACUUCAGAGGACCUGCCCCAGAGCUGUCCUGCUUCUCUCAGCCUCCGCUUAAAGCAAGCUGAGCGGCAGCUGCUCCUGCCAGGACUGUCAAAAGCCAGGUACGGGUCACAACUAAGCUGUCGCAGCAGAGCUGCAAAAUGCUGGACAUACCAGCAUGGAAAUAAUCUAUGCUAAGGGCCAGGUUUCCAGUUUAAUCCUUUAACGUGGGAAUUACUGGGCUUUGCUUUCUCCUUGGGGGCUGAGUCCUGCUGGAUUUGGAUGCAGGAAUUUGAAAUUUCAUUGGUGUGUACAGUAGGUACACCACACUACCAACGUUAAAUUCAGUCUUCUCCAUUGGUCUUCUGGUGUCUCACCACUUAAGAGCAGCGUGCCCACACUUGAGUUCUAGGCUUUUCAGAUGUCAACACUGUUCACAACUACUAAUCUACUUUAAGGGAUAGCAGCAAGGAAAUGGAUCUGGUAACAGGGGG